UGUGUGUGUGUGUGUGUGUGCGUGUGUGUGUGUUCGUGCAACUCACACUCCCUGUGCGAGCUCAUGGCAUCUUGGCACGUUCACACUGUCUGGGCGAUUAUGACUGUCCCCUGCUGUUAGACACUCAUUCUAACAGGCUGCUCUUAAAGUUCACUAAACUGUACAUGCAAACAACACAACUCAUGGUCCAUACAAUUCACACUCCAACUACUGUUGUAGAUACUUCUACCUCUUACUCAUCCUCCAGCACUUGGCCAGACAGUCAACUACCUGUCAGGCUCCUGAUACAGUAUAAAGACUGAGAGCAACUUACAAUUGUUAGAGCUAUCAGACUAUUGAUUUAAUGAUUGAUGCACAGCUCCAAAGAGCUGUAAUUCUGUUUCAGUCUCAUAAAAUGAAGAGCUCCUCUCCUCUUCAUAGACUUGCCACUUUGAACAUGAGACCCUUUGAAAUUGCACACCGAUAUGAUCAGUGAUUUUGAUGUGAUACACAGGCCUACUUCCUUCCUUCCAUUUGCUGACUUGUGUCUUUUUGAUGUGUUUACAAAAAGCUUUUCUAUUUGGAAGAGGUUUUUAAAGCAACAGGUAUGGUAGUCAUGGUGAUAUAGUGAUUGCCGGUGCAGAUGAGGCUCUACAUUUGUCUGGGAAGUGAUCUUGUCAAGGUUACCGUUACCCACAGACUCUCUGACCCACUUGGCUGUGGGAGCUAUCACCGUGCCGAGCUGCUGGUUGCCAUGGCUGCAGAAAAGGCCUUCUGCGAUUGGAGGAGCUAGUGCGGCGCUUCCUGAUCUCCAGGGAGACGCUGUCAAUCAGGAUGCUGGAUGACAGCCUGGAUCCCACCCCUCUGCUGAAGGAGAUACGAGACGACAAGGUGGCCACCAUCAUCAUUGACGCCAACGCCUCCAUCUCCUACCUCAUCCUCAAAAAGGCGUCAGAGUUGGGGAUGACAUCAGCGUUUUACAAGUACAUCCUCACCACCAUGGACUUCCCCCUGCUGAGGCUGGAUGACAUAGUCGAUGACCAGUCCAACAUCAUAGGGUUCUCCAUGUUCAACACCACCCAUCCGUUCUACCUGGAGUUCAUCAGGAGUCUCAACCUGUCCUGGAGGGAGGGCUGUGAUCUCAUCUACCCCGGGCCUGCGUUGUCGUCAGCGUUGAUGUUUGACGCGGUGCACGUUGUGGUGGGGGCGGUGAGGGAGCUCAACAGGAGUCAGGAGAUUGGAGUCAAACCUCUCAGCUGCACCUCUCCUCAGAUUUGGCAACACGGCACCAGCCUCAUGAACUACCUACGCAUGGUGGAGUAUGAUGGUCUGACAGGCCAUGUGGAGUUCAACAGUAAAGGACAGAGAACCAACUACACACUGAGGAUUCUAGAGAAACACCGCAGGCGUCACAGAGAGAUUGGUAUCUGGUACUCCAACAACACACUGGCUAUGAACGCCACCAGUCUGGACAUCAACGUCUCGGAAACACUGGCCAACAAGACCCUCAUCGUCACCACCAUAUUGGAGAGCCCCUAUGUGAUGCGUAAGGGGAACUACCAGGAGUACCAGAGGAAUGACCAGUAUGAGGGCUUCUGUGUGGACAUGUUAAGAGAGCUGGCAGACAUCUUGAAGUGCUCCUUCAGGAUUAAACUGGUGGAUGAUGGGCUGUAUGGAGCGCCUGAACCCAACGGGUCCUGGACCGGCAUGGUGGGAGAGCUCAUCAACAGGAAAGCAGACUUGGCAGUAGCAGGCUUUACCAUCACCUCUGAGAGGGAGAAAGUCAUAGACUUCUCCAAGCCCUUCAUGACGCUAGGAAUCAGCAUCUUGUACAGAGUCCACCUGGGGAGGAAGCCGGGGUAUUUCUCCUUCCUGGACCCCUUCUCUCCGGCUGUAUGGCUCUUCAUGCUGCUCGCCUACCUGGCUGUCAGCUGUGUGCUCUUCCUGGCUGCAAGGUUAAGUCCCUAUGAGUGGUACAACCCCCACCCAUGUCUGCAGGGGCACAAGGACAUGCUGGAGAACCAGUACACCCUAGGAAACAGCCUGUGGUUCCCUGUAGGAGGCUUCAUGCAGCAGGGCUCUGAGAUCAUGCCCCGUGCCCUGUCCACACGCUGCGUCUCAGGGGUCUGGUGGAUGUUUACUCUGAUCAUCAUCUCCUCCUACACGGCCAACCUGGCAGCCUUCCUGACCGUCCAGAGGAUGGAGGUGCCCAUCGAGUCUCCUGACGACCUGGCCGACCAGACCAACAUCGAGUAUGGCACUAUCCACGGGGGGAGCACCAUGACUUUCUUCAUGAACUCGCGUUACCAGACAUACCAGCGCAUGUGGAACUACAUGCACUCCAAGCAGCCCAGUGUGUUUGUGAAGAGCACGGAGGAGGGCAUUGCCCGCGUGGUCAACUCUAAAUAUGCCUUCCUCCUGGAGAGCACCAUGAAUGAGUACUACCGCAAACUCAACUGUAAUCUCACCCAGAUAGGUGGUCUGCUGGACACCAAGGGCUACGGCAUCGGCAUGCCACUGGGCUCUCCGUUCAGAGAGGAGAUCACUAUGGCCAUCCUGCACCUGCAGGAGAACAACAGGCUGGAGAUCCUGAAGAGGAGGUGGUGGGAGGGAGGACAGUGCCCUAAAGAGGAGGACCACAGAGCCAAGGGUCUGGGCAUGGAGAACAUCGGGGGUAUCUUCGUGGUGUUGAUCUGUGGCCUCAUCAUCGCUGUGUUCGUGGCCAUCAUGGAGUUUGUGUGGUCGACGCGCUGCUCUUCAGAGACAGACGAGGUACGCCCUCACUCCUGCCCUCGCCGACACCACAGACCCACCCCAGUGUCUGUCUGUCAGGAGAUGAUCACAGAGUUCCGAAACGCUGUCUCCUGUAAGAAGAGUUCCCGUUCCCGUCGUCGCCGCCCCCUGGGCAAAUCCGCGGCCCUCCGCCACCCCACCCGCAUCGCCCUGGGGACCCAGCGGCCACUCCGCCUCGUACGGGAAAUGCGCCUCAGCAACGGCAAGCUCUACAGCGGCUCGGGACCCCUGACUGGGGGAGCAGGGGGGCCAGGAGGGGGUGUAGGGGCUGUGGGAGGUCCCUCAGACAUGGGCCCUGGGCCUCAGCGACUCCUGGAGGACCCUCUGGGGGCCAACACCACCCCUCCUCACCCGCCCCAGCCACAGGUCCCCGUGGCGCUCCCUCGCAGCUGCACGCACGUCAGGAUCUGCCAGGAGUGCAGGAGGAUCCAGAGCCUGAGGUCAGGGAUGGGGUCCACAAGGAUCCCCCCCUCAUCUGCACCCCUGCCGCGCCUGCCCCCUCCUCCUCCCCCCUCCUCCUCCAACACAGACAGCGAGGGGGGAGGGGGGUCCAGCCCCCGGCGGCUCCCCCACAGCACCCCUGCACCCUGCCUACCCAUACCACCCCCACAGAGCAGCACCGACACAGACCUUCUGGGGAAGCAGGACUAAGACUGACGAUCUAGGAGGGCUUGGAGGGUAUAUGGGGGCAAGUUCAUGGUGACUUAACUGAUGUUUUGAGCUGCUCAGUGACACUAUUCUCUGACCCUCUGUACAUUGGCCUCCAGGAGGGAACUACCGGGAGAGAAGGAGGGAGAAAAGGAGAGAGAGAAUUAGAGGGCUCAAAGACGUUGUGAGACGUGUGAUGAAGUAAUGGAAAGGAUAUAUUUGCACAGAUACCAAAAGACACACCCAUACAGAAGGAGAAAGAAGGAGAGGCUUCCUUUGCUCUCCAGUGCGCUGCCCAGCUGGGUCUGAUGUUAGCCCAGUCUGUUCACACAACCAUGCUUUGCUGUGUUCUGGCUUUGUGGUUUACUUGAAGAUGGCUGCUCGGUUCUUAUCUUGACUUACCAGUGGACCAAUCAGGACUGAGCUACACUGGAUAAAGUAGUCUGGUAACUCAUAAUUUGAUGCCAGACCUACUGGUUUCUCUGUUGGUCUCUCUCUGUUCUCCCCGCUCUCUCUCUCCAUCUCUCUAUCUUUCCUUUUCCAUGGUACCACAGACUCACCUAGAGCGUCCAGCUCUUCCUCUCUGGACAGUGACCACUGAAGGAGGAGUCCACAUCGAUCCUGGAGGACCUUUAAUCUAUAGAACAUACAACAACAGAAGACUUUAAAACUGACUCAGAGAAUUAUAUGAUUUUCCAGAUUUUUUUGUUGUUGUCUUUGUCGUUUGGUUACCAUUGUUCUAAGUGGAAGUUACAGAAAAAUAAAGACUAUAUAUGUGACUAAUGUGGUGGAUCACGACACACUAUGAAGACAACACUCCCCUGAGGUUUACUGUGUGGAGUCGGUGUUUUGUUCCUCUGGGGACCCCGUAGCUGCUUUUGAAACGACUUUGAAGAAAGCAGAUUUGGCUGGAAAUGAGUUGUAACAAAGUCAGAUAUGCAUAAUAUAGUGUGUGUGUGUGUGCGUGUGUGUGUGCACGCGGGCAGAGGUCUGUCCUUACACCAAGUGAGAGGAACAAAUGAUCAUACCAAGUAUAUGAUAAUCAGAGGCUUUGCGAUGUGAAAUGACUUGUUAUCCUGGAGAAUACUUGCCAAGCCUUUUCUCCUCUUUACCUCUGUUCAUAGCACAGAGAGAGAGGAAGAGGAGAGAGAGAGGAUAGAGAGAAAAAGGAGAGAGCGAUGGAGAAAGAUAGAGGAGUAAGAGAAAAAUAGGAAUGCAACAAUAAAGGAGGACUGUAUUAGAAUGAUAAAUCCCUAAUUGAACUACUUCCAUAAUGAGAUUUUUCCUGAUCUGGUAAUUCUGGGCAGCAUCUUGCUGGGGUCUUGGCUCUGCUGCCGGGAGGCUGGGACUAAAGCUUCCCUGCUCUACAUCACGUUGAACUGGCUGUCUGCAGCACAGACGCCUGCCAGAGCUCCACACAGAGCUCCACACCACCCUGAGCCCUCUCAUUACAGCUUGUGGAGCUUUAGAUCUGGUAAUUAUUCCCCUUUAAUAACUAAUAGCCACACAAUGACUAUGGAGGAGACUGAGGUCAUGGUUUAAUGUUCUAAAAGUAUGAUGGGGAAUAAUGUUAUAGGGUUCAAGACUUUCUGAGGCUUUCUGCUGCCUCUCUCACACAUACACCACAGAUCAUCAUACACACACACUGACAGACAUAACCAUGUAACCUAAGAAAUACAUCAUUAUUUCUGUAUUCUUCUCUUGGACCCUCAUCAGUGAGCCAGACACACACAUCUGCAUAGGUCACCACUCUAGUCUCAACUCAAUGCAGUGAAACCAUUGGAUGGCUUUCUUCCAAUACACUUCAUUGGCCUCCUUUCCUCAUCUCCUUUCCUACAUAACAAUUGAUCUUACAGGGAUAGACAGGUGAAAGCACUGGUGCAUCUCUAACCGGUCCUUUCAACUAUCAGUGGUGAAGAGGGAAAGGAGAUAAGAAAAGGAAGACCUUUGAGUAUUGGGACGCAUAUGUCA